AUGUUGAGCGUCAACCACAGCGUGGAAGACAUCCACAAUUAUCCAUACCCUCAACGUACAUCGCAGGUCAACCCAAAUUUAUCAUCUACCAACAUCUCCCAGUUGAACCAUCCUAGGGCCAUUCGAUCACCGUUGUCCAGUUUCACUCCUAUCACUCCGCCAACUUCGAAUUCGCCUACUCCGGUUUUUGAAAAGUCUCACUUCUUUUCUCUUGGGUCCAAUGCUGGUUCUACUGUCAGUCUCGACACGUUUGCUUCCGUGCCCGAGGAGCCCGUGUCAGAUUCGUGGCUUCUGAAGGCACUUCCUAAGGUCAACUUGGAAGUGGUAUCUAUGUGUGCAUUAUGGUACGGCUUUUCUAUUGUGUCGUCCAACUCCACCAAGGCCAUUUUGUCCCGUUUCCAAUACCCAGUCACACUUACCCAGUUCCAGUUCAUUUUGAACGCAUUGAUGUGUGUGACACUCUUCGUGGCUUUGACAGUGCUGCCCACGCUUGCGUUGCGGUUUCCGAAAGGUUCGGUGCCAGAUUUGCACUCGCUCAACCAUUCGGUCAAAAACUUCAUCACCCCCAAUGCAUUUAUUAUUUCCACCACAUUGCCCAUGGGCCUUUUCCAGUUUGUGGGCCAUAUCACUAGCCACAAAGCAACUUCGGUCAUUCCAGUAUCAUUGGUACACACCAUUAAGGCACUCUCGCCCAUCACAACUGUAUGUAUUUACAGAUUCGUGUAUAAGGUGCCUUUCAAGAGCGUCACCUACUUGACACUUGUUCCCUUAAUGGCAGGCAUUAUGUUGACCUGCUAUAAACCCAAGCGUGCUUCUUUGCCUGCUGACGACCAUUACUUUCAAGGGCUCAUAUAUGCAUUUAUCUCGAUGUUCAUUUUCGUCUCACAGAAUAUCUUUGCCAAAAAGAGAUUAACUGUGGAACCUGAACAAAAAACUAACUCACUUCCAUCUUUCAAGAAAGAUGACACCAAGAAAUUGGAUAAGUUGACCAUCUUGCUCUUUUGCUCCGUGCUUGGAUUCCUCUUCACCAUGCCAUUCUACAUUCUCCUGGAGGUUCGGAAUGAUAAGUUUUCGCUAGCUCAGAUGACAAAUGAGUUGAUUGCAUUAGUGUUUUUGAAUGGAGUCUCGCACUUCAUGCAAUCAUUACUUGCUUUUCUGCUUUUAGGAACCAUCUCACCUAUUAACUAUUCGAUUGCCAACAUUAUGAAGAGAAUCGUGGUGAUUAUCGUUGCAUUUAUCUGGGAAAGCUCGUUUGGAUUUUCAGGAAUUCAGACGUUUGGCAUUGUAUUGACGGUUAUGGGGCUCUACUGCUACGACCGUUGGGGGAUUGCUAGAAACAAAUAA